CAUCACACCGCAUCUCUCAAGCAAUAAGUCCGGACUCUCCCUUUGUCGUGGUCUGUUGAGCUCAUUAGAUUGGUGCCUCCCAUCCUCCUGUUCCCUUUACUUCUCCGCAGCAUCUUUGGAAACCAGACAAUAGGAAAUAGCUAUGGAUAAAGUACAAGCUUUUGGGAAGAACUUCAGUGCAACGUUCUCUCCCUUCGCCGCUCGCACACAGCAGUUUGUCAAGGAACAGCUCGGCCAAGCUGAAGACAAGACUCAGCUUCCGGAUGACUACACUGAGCUUGAGAAGCGCGUCGAUGCCUUGAAAUCGGUGCAUCAAAAGCUCCUUCAGGUGACGUCUCAAUACUCUAACGAGGCUUACGAUUACCCUCCGAAUAUUCGGGAGUCCUUCAACGAUCUCGGCCGCACGAUCAGUGAGAAAGUCCAGCUACUCUCUCACGCCACUUCCCCCGCCGAGGCCCAGGCCGCCCUUACCGCGCCACCUUCCGCGAAGCCACAGCCUAAGACUUUCAGCCAUGCCAUCGCUCGCGCUGCUUUGGCCGGCUCGCAGAUGCUCUCCCAAGCUCAUACAGACGCUGCCGAAGAUCCUCUCGCUGUUGGCCUAGAGAAGUUUGCUCUCGCUUCGGAGAAGGUCGGGGAGGCAAGACUCACGCAAGAUGCCCAGAUUCAAAGCCGGUUCCUAGCGGGAUGGAAUACAACGCUCAACACCAAUCUAAUGUUUGCGACGAAAGCGCGUAGGAACGUGGAGAAUUCCAGGUUGAUGCUGGACUCUGUCAAGGCCAGUAAAGGUGCCUCGAGAGGAGACAUUGACAAUCUCACCGAGGAAGCACGUUCAGAAAUCGAGCAAGCGGAAGAUGAGUUUGUCGGUCAGACUGAGGAAGCCGUUGGUGUGAUGAAGAAUGUCCUCGACACUCCUGAACCAUUGCGCAACUUAGCGGAUUUGGUUGCUGCACAGUUGGAAUACCACAAGAAGGCCUAUGAAAUUCUCAGCGAGCUGGCUCCUGUGAUCGACGGUCUGCAAGUGGAGCAGGAGGCAAACUACCGUAAGAGCCGAGAGGGAGCUUAAACUCUAGAAACCAAGCUUUAUCGGUGCUUCCCUGCUUCGUUUUCGUCCUUUGCCCCGUAUUCCAUGGCCUUGAAACAGUCCACGUCGACAGCGAAUCAUUCCAGUUGACCUUUGCGCUGCUUUGGCGAAAAUUACGGGCAGUUGAUAACAACGAGUUGCUUCUGUAGAUUGUAUACUUUCUGCAAUCUUAUUCUUCGUCCUACGGUUGCAACGAUUGUAUAUUUUACGGGAUCCUGCAGUUUAGUUGCCUUCCUUUUUUUUUUUUUUAAUUCUAUAUGUAUUUCUCUAGGCUUCGGUUGUUGAUUAUUCCCAUUUGGCUAUCUUUUGUCCUGCAGAUGUGACUGGUCGAUCAUAAUAGGUCUUGUAAGGAAAUCACCAUGUGGUUGGUUUAUGUGAUCAUGGCGCGCGAG